CCGACCUCACCCGCGCAUUACAGAAAAAGGGUUUUCGCCCAGACCAGGCAGAGCAAGUAAGGGUCGGCGGCGGUCGACAGAGCGGGGUGUUGCCAACUGGGAGUACUGGAAAAUGAUCGCGUGCGCGCGGUGUGUGAUGAACAACACCUAGGCAUCCCUGCAUGCCCACUCGUGGCCGUACGCCCGUACUAUCGCCCCUCUGUCCUCGUCGUUCAGUUGUCGCCUACCCGCCAUCUCUCCGCACUCUCUUCGCGCCCACACUCCCUCUCCGCCCGCCGUGUGUCCGCCUUCGGGUCGUGCCGCCCGUUCGCCGCAAUGGGCUGCGCUAGUUCCGCGCCCUCCGCCAACACGGCAGCGGCGGAGUCUGGGAAUGGCGCCGCCGAGGGCCAGGCGGAGGAGUGGGCCCUGUGCGGAUGCGGGGGCGAUGGGCGCGCGAAGGUGGGGAAGGUGCGGGCGCAAGCAGGCGGGGAGAAGAGGCGGAGGGCACGGGGAGGCGAGGCGCAGAAAGGCGAAGCGAUGAGGGGCGGGAGUGCGGUGAGGGCGGAGCGGAAGACAGACGCGAUGCGCAGCGGGGGGGGAAGAGACGAGGGGAGAGAAGCGGAUGAGGGGAGCAUCGCAAGCAAGGGGCGGGCAGAGGGCGAUUUGAAUGGCGCGGAGUGCUGCAGUGACGUGGGGAGGGGGAGAGAGGGCAGAAACACGGGCGGCAGUCUCAAGCAGUCAGAGCAGGCAUCGGCAGCAGCAGGCGUGCUGGCCGCCACUUCAGUGCAGGGCACCUCGCCACCCACACGGAGCGUCACACCUCCACCGCGCCCCACCCAGCCCGCCGAAUCCGUCACCAAUCUGCCAUCCCCUGCUAGGAUGGGCGUGCGUUCCUUCGAGGUGGCAGCAGCGGUGCUGAGAGCAGCGGUGGUGCGGCAGUCGCUGGUGGCGGAGGACGUGGACGAGCUCAGGCGGGAGGUGGUGGCGUCCGACGGCAUCGCCUUCCUGCUCUCCUCCGACUUCAACCACGUCUGGCAGAUCGCAGCUCAGGACAAGUGGGAGGAGCUGGGUCGACUGGCAGCGAGUGUGGCUCGCCUGGGCUUGCAGUGCGCCGACUCCCCUCUGCACUCCCUCGCGCACCACUUCUCCAGCCUGGCAGGAGCAGGGGGGGGGGAGCAGCAGCGAGGGGGAGGGGAGGCGGAGGAUGAGGCGAUGGACGAGCUGCUGCUGCAGAUGGAGGAAGAUGCUCAGAUCACCAUGGAGUUGCGGCGGGAGGUGCUGCUGCUGGAGGCCAUGCGUCGAAGCACCGAUGCUGCUGGCUCAGGGGACGCUGACAGUGCAGGGGAUCCCGGCGCUGAUGCCAGUGCACGCGGGGAGGUGGUGGUGGAGCUAAGAGCGCAGGUGCAGCGGGUGAGGGAGAUGCAGGAGAGCUCGCUGUGGACCCAGCCGCUGGACGAGCUGGUGCGUCACCUGGCUCGCAUCGUGGCUUACCUUGUCCGCCUCGUCUCCGCCACAUUCGGCCCGCUCCCACGGGGUGUCUCUUUCCUGCCGGUGGCGGGGAGGGGCGGGCAGGCAGAGGGGGGCAGGAAGCUGGGGGAGUCGGGCAUGGCGCUGGCGUAUGCACGCCUCAUCAUCGCCAUUGACCUGCUGGUGGGCAUGCAGGGCACGGAGAGCCGGCGGGACUACCUGUACUCGCUGCUGCCGUGCUCGCUGCGGGGCAAGCUCAAGGGGGCGCUGCUGCAGUCGCAGCACAUCUGCAUGGAGAGCACGGAGAGCAUAGAGGAGAAGCUGGAGGGCGUCUUGGACUGGCUCGUCACCAUGGCAGACAACACCAUCAGGUACGCGAGUGAUGUGCGGGUGCGGGGCGGCAGUGCGCUGAGUCGCCUGCAGACGCUGCAGCACGUGGACGAGGCGCGCAUGGAGCGCCUGGUGCUGCUGCUGCUCAUCGGCCUGCAGCACCUCGCCAGCCGCCAGCAGCCCUCCCACCACCCCGACCACUACCACGACCCCGCGAACACACACCACCCCGGCAACUGCGCUGCCCAUGCGCAGGUUUCAGGAGAGAGUGAUGGAGAGGGAGGGUGCCGCGCUGCUAGUCGCGGUCCCAGCGGCAAAUACACGAUGGCAGGGGGCAGUUGUGGCAGGGAGGCAGCAGGUGGUGGAGGGGCGGCUGCAGGUGGUGGUGGUGGCAGGGGGAAGGGGCGGGCCAGUCAAGCUCGGCUGUGGCACCCCAUACCAUGCACCGCCAUCAGAGCCCCCUGCCCACCCCCUCCUGCACCCACUUCUGCUGAGCUGGCAGCUGACUUGGCCAGUGAUGUGGCGGCAAGCAAUGGGAACUCGGCAGCAGUGGACACUGCAAGUUCACGUGGCGAGGCACAGGCAGCGGUGUCCCUGGCAGCAGCUGCAGCGCUCGCCAUCACGAGCGAAGCGGCAGCACGGGGAGAUGUGGGGUCAGCAGAAGCAAGGAGAGAGGGGAUGGCAGCCGUGGAGGCACGUGGAGGGGAGAGCGCAUGUGAGGGGGAAGGUGAGGGCUGGCUGUCAUUCAUAGACGACCGUCUGCCCGACUGCUCACAUGCCGUGCCCCCCAUCGACCUGCAUGCCGCUGCACUGUCCGCCUACUCGCUCUCGUCCCCCCACUCGCCCAGCGACCCCCCCUCCCCGUGCCCCCUGCCCGUGUCGGGCCCCCUGAGCGCGCGCAGUAGCUGCAGCCGCGGGUCGCAGGCUGGCAGCCCGGCCGCCGUGGCGUGGAGCGGGGGGGUGCGGCGCACGGGCAGCGCGGAGGGUGGGAGGGAGGGCGAGGGCGAGGAGGAGUGGAACGAGAUCCUGGGGCACCUGUCAUCCGUGGCACGCAGCAGUGGUGCCCUGGGGGGGGGGACAGGGGGCGUGGCAGGGGAGGGUGAAGGUGGGGGUGCUGCAGAGAGUGGAGUGGUGAUGGGGAGUGAGAGUGUGGGGAGUGUGAGCAGUGGGAGGAGAGAGUGCAGUGUGCCACAGAGUGUGCCUGAGGAGGAGGAGGAGGGAGAAGAUGCGGAGGACAAGGAUAAGGAGGGCAGAGGGGAGAGAGAGGAGCAAGAAGAGCAAGCGGGCAGUACAAUUCACACUGACAGAGGGAAAGCAGCAGCAGCGGGAGAAUCAGCAGGUGUACCACCAUUGGCAGAAUCAUCUUCCUGCACCGCUCCGCCGUUGCCCCUCCCACCUCCCCAACCGUCUGUCCCCGGCUCUUCCUCUCCCACCUCUGCACCUGCCCCUCUUCCAUCCCACCAGCCCUCAGACCCUUCCGCCCUUGUGUCGCUUGCACACGCUCUCAUGCCUGCGUCUGCUGCUGCACCACCACCUGCCAACACGCUGCUGCCUGCCGCAGUGGCUGCAGCAGCAGGCGGUGAGAGCGACGCCGCGCCCACCAGUGUGCUUGGCAGCGCGCCUCACGGUAUGGCGGCCGGGGGGCCAGUGGCGAGGGCUCAGGGAGGGGCGGCGCGGGGGUCGUGGAAGAGCAAGAGCCAGCCGCUAGAGCGACUGGCGGCGCGCAUGAAGCAGCGGCAGCAGCGGGCCGCGGGGCAGAUGCAGGGACCAGGCGUGGUGGACACGGCAGGUAUGGGGGUCACGGAGGGCUGCCCACCUGGGCAGGUGAGGGGUUUGGCUCGGCGGCGGUCGUUCUCGCGCACGCUGAGUCGCCUGCAGCAGCACCAGGCUGACAGUUUCACUGCACUACCUGCUGCUGCCGCCGACCCCAACGCCUCACCCCAUGUGCGCAUGCUGCGCCGAGCCUUCACCCCCAACCCUCACACUCCUGGCAGCAGCCACAGCGGAGGCUUGGAGGCGCGCAUGGGAAGGGGGAUAGGGGGCGAGUGGGAGGACGUGGACGUGGACAUGGAGGAGGUGGACAUCGACCGCAUAGGGGACGCGCGGCCAGACAUGGACAUCAGUGCUCUCAGCCCGCUGCUCAUGCGCUCGCCCUCCUUUGGGCGCCAGCAGUUCUGGAUGCUGUGAUGCGCGGCGCCCUGCUGCCAUGGGCUGUCUAUCAGGUGCACCCUGUCUUCGCUGCCUAUGGCGAUAGGCCAGUAGUAGCCCCCAAGGGUGCUGAAAUGCUCAGCGCAUAUGGUAGAGCGAAGUAGCAUGCUGCGAUAGGGAGUGCCUUGAAGUGCUGCAUUAUAGUGCAUAAAUCCCACCACGAGUUUAGGGUUGGCAUUGAGAACUGUGAAUAAAAGGUCUAAAAGUAGAGGACUUCUCCAAAGUGUAUACUUCGAGCGUGUUCCUACUGUUAAAUUAUAUUUUGUUAUAUA